AUGUUCAGCAAAGAAGAUGACGAAAGAGCACUUUACCUCCAAGAUGAUGCCCUAGUGGUAACCAUGCAGAUUGCCAACUUCGUGAUGUGGAGAAUCUUGAUUGAUAACGACAGCUCAACCGAUAUCUUGUUUUGGGUGAUGAGGAUAAGCCUGGAUCAUCAAUGCCCAGCUUCUAUGCCACUCAAAGGGUUCUUUGGAGAUGUGAUCCAGCCAAUUGGUGCAAUCACCAUGUCAGUCUAUGUCGGGAAGGCCCCUAGGACCUCUGCAACAAUGACAGAGUUCUUGGUGUCUUCAUACAAUGCAAUAUUGGGACGACCCAUGUUGAACAACUUCAAGGCAAUAAUGUCGACCUAUCACCUAAAGAUGAAGUUUACCACCAAUACGAGAGUUGGCGAAGUUAAGGGAGAACAAGUGCUUGCUCGAGAAUGUUACGUCCAAGAACCGAAGUGUGGAGGGAAGGAUGUGAGAACACAAAAGAUGACCGCAGGAGCUCCACCGCCACCCUGCCUAGUCGAUCAGGAUAACAAAGUCUGA